AUGGAGUAUUGUACGCAUGACAUCCCGAAAAAAAAAACCAAACAACCAUCCAUUGAAGUAACAACCCCAGGAGCAUGUUGUCCCCUCGCAGGUGCUGGAAGCAAAUCUGGCGUGGUGGAUGAUGUCUUGAAGACAUAUGUUGAUUCUUGUGCUACAGCUGCUGUGAAGCAGGCUUGGAAUUCUGGCAGAAUGGCGCGGUGGUCCAAGGACAAGGUGGCAGUUGACCAACUGGGCCAAGUUCACCAGAAACGUUCAUCGAACAAAGGUGAAAUACAACAGAAAGCGGUUCCAGAAGAAGAAGUGGAAACGGAUGAAUCCCAGUGGUACCAGUACACACCCAAUGCUGCAAAUUUGGGACAUGGCCAGUUUGGAGACUCUCUGGAGAUGUGCGUCCCGUGUUUGCUGCACGGGGAUGAAGGUGUUGGGCACCGACGAAAGCCAGUGAUGCAAAUGCUUUGGGGGCCUUUGUUGAGAGUAGGGCUGGGAGCCAUCCACCGGUUGUUUUUCAUCACAUGCUGCCCCCACAAGUACUACUCCAAGUACAACCAGGGAACUGCUGCUGGGAACCCAGUGUUGGACAGGUUGAUGGUGGAAUGCGGGCGUUCAGCUGCGAGAGCCUACUACACUGGGAUUGAGACCUCGCAUGGGCGAUUCCACCUGGUGUUUCUGGGCCUUGCUGGUGAUCAUCCCUUUCAAGUCAAAGUGUCUCAUUCUUUGAGAUCUCACUUGAGGGUUGAUAUCUGCCCGUGGUGUGAAGCCAACAUCCGCGAAGAUGUUCCAUUUGAAGACUUUUCGCUUGGAGCGACAUGGCGCCAGACUGUGUUUCAGUCGGUCCCUUGGGCACCAGGUACUCAACCGCCAAUGGUCUUGAUUCCAGGCGGUGACCACCCUGGCUUCUUGAAGUGGGACCUGAUGCAUAUGAUUCCACACGGAUGUGCCAGAAAUUUCUGCGCGAGCAUUACUUGCAUGCUUUGUGGCCCAAUGCAGAUGUUUGCGGCUCCGCCUGGUCCUGACAAGAAAAAGGAACGAUGUCUAGAUGCUGCCUAUGAGCACUUUGGAGCUUGGUUGGCUUGCACUGGUCAAAGUGUUCGAGAUUUGAAAGAAUUCAGCCCAGAGAACUUGCAAUGGAUCAACAACAGGGACUUCCCAGAUUCAAACUGCAAAGCUGCUGAUACUACGUUGUGGGUCAAGUGGCUUCUAGAUUUCCUUGGGACAAUGCCCUGGGAAUGGCAGGAGCCUUUAGAUCAUGCGUAUGAAGGCUUGCUCGCUUUGGAUCAAUUCCUCCGUUUGUGCUACGAUGGCAAUGACCGCCUUUUUUUUGGGCCUGAGCAACAACAAGCUGGAUCUGAGAAACUGUUGCGCUUUUUGCGCGCAUAUGAAUCUCUGGCGUUCUAUUGGUUUCAGCGUGGCUGGUGCCUGUUUGGCUUCACCCCAAAAUGCCACUUCUCUGCGCACUGGCAUGAAGAAUUAUUUAAUGCUGUGCGGCUGAAGAAGAAGUGGGCUUGGAACCCUGGCGCAUUUUCGACGCCAAUGAUGGAAGACUUUGUUGGCUUGUGCUCACGUAUGUCAAGAUCUGUGCAUGCUGGCACAGUUCCCAUUAGUACCAUUAGGAAAUACCUGGUGGAAGUUCUGCGGCAUUGGGCAGACGCGGAGUAA